AUGCAAUUCUGGGUCAACCACGGGGUUUUAAAAUUAAUUGCUGAAGAUGAAUGGAUUUUAUUGGAAACUGCAGAAACGGUUGAUAGCUCCAAUGAUUUUGAUCCCUCUGAGGAAACAACCAUUAAUUUUGUGGAAGAGCAAGAAUCCGAAGAAACAUCCGCUUGUUGGUCCUAA